AUGGGUGCGAGGCGCGAUGUGCAAACUUUUCUGGCUCUAUCCACAUUUCUAUUCGUUGCAACAUGUGAGCCAAUGGAUCAGCAAGAUAUGCAAGUCAUUGACAUGCUAACCCUGGACUCCAAGACCAGUGUGUCUGCGGUGGAGAAGGUGACAGGUGCCAUGAGUGUGCUCAGUGACAUCUACAUCGUGUCCACAUUCCGCCUGCCUCCCAAGAUGGGAGGGGUGCUGCUGGGCAUCUACAGCAAAGAGGAGAACAAGAAGUAUCUGGAGCUGGCCAUCAUGGGAAAGAUCAACAAAGCUUUGGUGCGUUACGUGAGGGAGGAUGGCAGAAUUCACACAGUGAACCUCCAGAGCACAAACCUGGCUGAUGGUCGCACACACUCCAUUAUUCUCCGGAUCGGAGGCCUGCGCAGAGACAACCUACACCUGGAGCUCUACGUCAAUUGUCGAUUGGCUGACUCCAGCCAGGGCCUCCCUCCAUUGGUACCUCUCCCCGCGGAGAAGGUGGAGAUUCGUAAUGGCUUCAAGGCCUACGCAAGGCUACAGGGUGCUGUGGAGUCCCUCAAAAUGGCGCUAGGGGGCAGUGUGGCCAAAGCAGGUACCCUGACAGACUGUCCAUUCCAGGGGGAUUCAUCAGUCUACAGCACAGUCGGUGCGACUGCAGAAGUGAACUCCAUUCUAGGAGACCACACAAAGGCUCUGAUUGGUCAGCUGAUCAUCUUUAACCAGAUCCUAGGAGAGCUGCGAGAGGACAUCAGAGAGCAGGUGAAGGAGAUGUCCCUGAUUAGGAACACCAUUCUGGAGUGCCAAGUGUGUGGCUUCCACGACCCUCGUUCCCGCUGCUCCCCCAACCCCUGUUUUAAGGGCCUGUCCUGCAUGGAGACCUUUGACUACCCAGGGUACCACUGUGGUCCCUGCCCGGAGGGCCUGACGGGCAACGGAACCCACUGCCAAGACAUUGACGAGUGUUCCAUAGCCCAGCCCUGCUACUCUCCAGGUGCGUGUAUAAACACAGUGAAGGGUUUCAGCUGUGAACUCUGCCCCCCUGGUCUCUGGGGCCCACCCCUCUUUGGGGUCGGACUGGAGUACGCCAACCACCACAAGCAGGAGUGUGCAGACAUCGAUGAGUGUAUUGAAGUUGCCAACGCCUGUGUGCCCCACUCCAUGUGUACCAACACCAUCGGCUCGUUCAGGUGUGGUGGCUGUAAGGUGGGUUACCUGGGGAACCAGACAGUGGGCUGCGUGCCCCGUAGGUCCUGUGCCACACUCAGCUUUAACCCCUGUGAUGCCAACGCCCACUGCAUCAUAGAGCGGAACGGAGAGGUGUCCUGUGCGUGCAACAUUGGCUGGGCCGGUAACGGGAACACUUGUGGCACAGACACAGACAUUGAUGGAUACCCAGACCGCUCUCUGCCCUGUAUGGACAAUGACAAGCACUGUAAACAGGACAACUGUGUUUACACACCCAACUCAGGCCAGGAGGAUGCAGACAACGAUGGCAUCGGAGACCAGUGUGACGAGGACGCAGAUGGGGACGGCAUCAAGAAUGUGGAGGAUAACUGUCGACUAGAACCCAACAAAGAUCAGCAGAACUCAGACACAGACUCUUUUGGUGAUGCCUGUGACAACUGUCCCAAUGUCCCUAACAUUGACCAGAGGGAUACGGACAGCAACGGGCAAGGAGACGCCUGUGACAAUGACAUAGAUGGAGAUGGUAUCCCCAACGUGCUAGACAACUGCCCCAGAGUCCCCAACCCCAUGCAGACAGACAGGGAUGGAGACGGGGUAGGAGACGCCUGCGACAGCUGCCCUGAGAUCAGCAACCCCAUGCAGACGGACAUUGACAAUGACCUGGUGGGGGAUGUGUGUGACACUGACCAGGACACGGAUGGGGACGGUCACCAGGAUUCCAGGGACAACUGCCCUGACCAUCCCAACAGCUCCCAGCUGGACUCGGACAACGAUGGCAUUGGGGAUGACUGUGACGAUGACGAUGACAAUGACGGAUUCCCAGACGUACAAGACAACUGCAGACUUAUCACCAAUCCCAACCAGAAAGAUUCUAACAGUAACGGGGUGGGCGAUGUGUGUGAGAACGACUUUGACAACGAUUCAGUCUGGGAUCUGAUUGAUGUGUGCCCUGAGAGUUCAGAGGUCACACUGACAGACUUCAGAGCCUAUCAGACAGUCAUUCUGGAUCCAGAGGGUGAUGCCCAGAUCGAUCCCAAUUGGGUGGUGCUCAAUCAGGGCAUGGAAAUAGUUCAGACCAUGAACAGUGAUCCUGGUUUAGCUGUGGGCUACACAGCGUUCAACGGGGUGGACUUUGAGGGCACCUUCCACAUCAACACGGUGACGGACGACGACUAUGCAGGCUUCAUCUUCGGCUACCAGGACUCCUCUUCCUUCUACGUGGUGAUGUGGAAACAGACAGAGCAGACCUACUGGCAGUCGACACCCUUCAGGGCCGUGGCCCAACCUGGCCUGCAGCUCAAAGCAGUGAAGUCCCGUACAGGGCCUGGUGAGUACCUGCGUAACGCCCUGUGGCACACAGGGGACACCAACGAGGAGGUGAAGCUGCUGUGGUCGGACCCACGGAACGUUGGCUGGAGAGACAAGACAUCUUACCGCUGGCAGCUCAGCCACAGGCCCCAGGUGGGAUACAUCAGGGUGAAGUUAUAUGAGGGGACGGAGAUUGUGGCUGACUCUGGCGUGGUGAUUGACACUACCAUGAGAGGCGGACGACUGGGGGUCUUCUGUUUCUCCCAAGAGAACAUCAUCUGGUCCAACCUGCGCUACCGCUGCAACGACACUGUUCCAGACGAUUUCAACCCAUAUCGCAAACAGGUUCUGCUGCACAUCAAGGUGUGA